AUUGUGUUGCGUUAAAGUGGGGACUCUUCUACUCAGGAGAAACUCUGGUACUGAUUUUUGUUUAGCAUUAUCUAUUCCAAUUAGGGCAUUUGAUUACACUAUUUGAAUCCGGUUGCAUCAGUUUUAAUGCGGGACUUUUAUUUUGAAGGUUAAACGUUGAGUUUACUAUUGUUUCUGAUCAUUAAUGUUGUUCAUUUCACUCUGGUGACAACAUGACUAGUCGGCAUCACAGACGUUGUUAAUAACUAUGCCAAAUUCACCACAUCGAACAAGAUCUGGCCGCUGAUGGAGAAAUCACAACGCAGCUGGACCGAACGGUGUUCAUUCCAGUCUGAUACUUCAGCAUGGAAUAACCAGCACGGCUUCUCUUGAAUCUAUCCUCUAACGUUAAUGUUAGCUGUCUACCCCCUGGCAAAUAACUAAAAAGCAAGCUUGAUUGCACCUCCAAUUGACCUUGUUUGUGCCUGUGUCAACUAUGGAGACAACUCAAGUGACUUUGGCAGUUAGGGGAGACACAUCCCCAGGGGAGGUGAUAGCCGUGGUUGGUAGCUGUGAAGCUUUAGGAGGCUGGUGCCAUCAGAGAGCUGUGACCCUACAACCUGCUGAACACGAUGGCACAUUGUGGAAGAGGAUCAUCAGUGUGCCCAGAGGUGCUGUGUCAACCUACCGCUAUUUCAAAGGCCACUUCCUGGAGUCAAAGAGUGCAGGUGGUCCCUGUCAGGUGAUAGUCACUAAGUGGGAGACCCACCAGCAGCCACGCCUGAUGAGACCCACAGAAUCACACCUUGAUAUUGACAAUGGCCAAUUUGGAUUCCACAAUGGCUUACAGUGUGUGGACUCUGGGUGGCUGACGUGCCAGACAGAGAUCCGUUUGCGUCUGCACUACUCAAAGACGUCUCCUGUAUCCAUCACCAAGAAGAAAUAUAAGAAGUCUCGUUUCAGGAUCAAGCUGACACUGGAAGGUGUAGAAGAGGAGGAGGAUGAUGAAGAGCAGGAGCAGAGCGCGGUGGCGUGGCACAAGAUGACCACCACGCUGGAGACCAGUAUGAUCAGUGGUGAUGCGUACAAGUCCCGCCACUCCCAGCCUGAGUGUGGCUAUGCCCUGGAGGCCUCACAGUGGACAGAGUACGUCAUCCACACCAUGGACCCUGACAACCUGGAACUCACCUUUGACUUCUUUGAGGAGGACAUGGGUGAGCAUGUAGUGCCAGGGGAUGCCCACCCGGGGACCGUGGGUACGGCCUGCCUUCUCUCCUCAUUCUUUGUGGAGAGUGGCAAGGAUACGGGUGUGGUCACUCUGCCCAUCAUGAAACGCAACUCCAGACAGACCCUGGGCAAAGUCCGAGUGGACUACCUGGUGAUCCGUCCUAUCGAGGGACUACAGUGUGACAUGAGCUCGUCCUUCACCAAGUACUGGAGGAAGAGGAGUGCCCCACUGGACGUAGGCCACAGAGGGGCUGGCAGCACACACGCAGCAAAACAUACCAAAGUUAGGGAGAACACCAUUGCCUCGUUUAAAAGUGCUGCCAAUCAUGGGGCUGCCUAUGUAGAGUUUGACGUCCAUCUCUCCAAGGACUGCGUCCCCAUCGUGUACCACGAUCUCACCUGCUGCAUCUCCACUAAGAAGGUAAACAACAACAUAAAUCCUGCCGGGUGCACCCUGUACAGCAUCCUUACUUUUUAUUUUAUUUUCCUCUCCUGUCAGAAAGGAGACAAGCUCUCUCUGGACCUGUUUGAAGUUCCUGUCAAAGACCUCACAUACGACCAGCUACAGCAGCUCAAGUUGGGCCAUGCUUCUGCCUUGAAGGUGAACGACCACAAAGAUGAUGAUGAAGACGAAGAGGUUGACGAGCAUCAGCCCUUCCCUUCCUUUUCCCAGAUAUUCCAAGCAGUGCCUGAAAAUGUGGGCUUCAACAUUGAGCUGAAGUGGGUUUGUCAGAUGAAGGAUGGUUCGUGGGAAGGAAACCUGUCCUCGUACUUCAACAUGAACCUGUUCCUGGACAUCAUACUGACCUGUGUGCUGCAGAGAGCUGGCAAGAGACGCAUCGUCUUCUCCUGCUUCGACCCUGACAUCUGCACAAUGGUUCGUCAGAAGCAGAACAAGUACCCCAUCCUGUUCCUGACCCAGGGCAUCUCUGAGAUCUACCCGGAGCUCAUGGACAUCCGCUGUCGCACCACACAGAUCGCCAUGAGCUUUGCACAGAGCGAAAACCUCCUCGGUAUUAGUGCCCACACUGAGGAGCUCCUUCAGAACCUGGAGCACAUCCGAGAGGCCCAGUCUAAAGGCCUGGUAGUGUUCUGCUGGGGAGACCUCAACAACGACCACGACAACAGGACCAAGCUACGGGAACAGGGCAUCGACGGACUCAUCUACGACAGAAUAUGUGAAAGCUGGUGGCCAAAUCAUGUCAUUGACUCUCACCCUACUGGUUCUUCUGAUGCCAGAUCUGUGACGACCAAGUCGAGCAGCCUAACAUCUUCAAAGUAGAGGAGCAGCACACGCUGCAGGAAACGCUCAAGAGCUUUGUGUGUUCCUGCUACACCAUCCCCUGCCAGGCGGCUCCUGUCUGCCCCUCCUCCACCUCCAAGGAGCACAACGGCAGUGCAGAGUCUGACUCAGGCCUCAGCUCCUCCUGAACGACUCACUGCCCCCCUAAGUUUGUCACUAGAUAGGACAGAAGCGGCAAUACAUAUAGACAGAAUUGAUGAGUAAGUGUACACUACUUGUUUAUAAUUAAGUGUCAGAGUGUUACAUAGGAGCUACACUAGGGAAGAGGGAUUUUCUUUUUUAACCUGUUGUACUGGAAGUGUAACUUUUUGCCUGCGUGAGCAGAGUGCAAGUCACUUUAUCCUAAUGUUCUCGGGUGUGAGCUGCUUGUCAAUCUUUUAAGCUUGAGCAGCGCAAGCCUCUCGCAAAGCUACCGCGCUUACGCCUGGUUUCAUUGAAGUGAAUUGGAGCGUAUCACACUGCAAAAGUUGCGCGUCUGGUGUAGCUCCUAUGCUAGGGGUUAGGCAUUGUGAUGGUAAUCACAAUGGGGGUUUAAAAUACACUCCUAUCCUGUCUAGCAUGACCAGAAAGUGACAACCCUUACUGAACUGACCUCCACUCUGUCCACUGAAGCCAUACACAAGCUGUGUCCAGAUCAGUGUCCUCUCAGCUGUUUGUUUUAACUGGAAAAGGGAUGGUGUUUUGCCAGAAAAGGCUUCUGGCAUUUGUUAUUUGGAUUUUAGUUCUACGCAGUUGAAUGACUGUGGGAUAUGCACCUCAGUCACAAUAAUAAUGGAAUUACCUGGACAUUCACAGGUCUUCACUUACAAAUUACCUACUCAAGGAAUUUAUUUUCAAGUGCAUCUUUUAUAUAGCAAAUUUGCUAAAUACAAAUCAAACUAAAGUGCUGAAAUUAACUGUGUUAGCUUUUCCAGAUAAAGUUUCUUAUUGGAGUAUCAUAGGUUUAAUUUAAGCAUAUGCUGUAGUUUGAAGUCUUUAGGCGGAUAAUGAUUUGCAUCUGCGUAAUGAUUUUCCUCAAAUGAUAUAGCCAACAUUUUACAAUAGCAGUGUUAUUUUUGUCACUCAUAUCAUUUUGACAGGGAGUAUUGCAGUAGAACAAGAUCAUUCUGGACAGUGACCAAAACUUUCUCUCUCAGGUGGUUUUAAAUUCAAUUGUCCAUUUGAACUUAAACUCAUGCAAUCUGAUUUGUAUUAGGAGUGCCCUGAGCCGUGCCAUUAAUGAAGUGUCAUUGCUGGAUGACCAGAUUAUGAAGUGUUGCUGUGGGUGCCUAAAUCUGAACAGAUGAAUAAUAUCACUUUAAUGACCUGUUGAAUGACCAGUAGAAAAACAGUUUGUUUAUGCUCUCAACACCACCUUGAAUCUGUGUGAGCUCAAAAGUCACCAUUAGGAAAGGUAUACACUCCUGCGUAUUUAUUUGUACAGUGAAGCUAAAAUGUUUAGUUUUGUUUUGUACUCAAGCAUUUUGAAUUUGAGAUCAAUUGUUUGAGGCGAUAGUUACACAUCUGUAACUUUCUCACUCGUCAUUAUUCACCAUUCAUUUGUGAUUAUCCAAAAAGUGUGGUAGCAUCCACAUUAAUAUAGAAGUGUUCAGAAACCUGUAAUAUUCUUAUUAACAAUAAAACAUUAGACAGUGAAUUAAUUUCUAAAUGGUGAAACAUAUGUAUUUAAAAUGCUCUCAGAUAAAAGGUGAAAUUCUGUACUGUCGCCUCAUUUUAAAACAUUUGAUCCCAAACGCUGGAGUACAGAGACAAAUUCAAAGUUUCAGCUUCAAUGUCCAAAUAAGUAGGGGAGUAUAGAUAGCCAUUUGUUAUGGCUAGGUUUAGUCCACAGAACUCAAUCCCUUAUCUCCUUUGAUGAGAAGGGUUUUCUUAGUAGCUGUGCUUGCUCUACACAUAAUAUAUGCCAUUUAGCAGAUGUUUUUUUUCCAAAACGACUUAGUCAUGCAUGCAUACAUUUUAUGUAUGAGUGGUCCCGGGAAUCAAACCCACUAUCCUGGCGUUGCAAGCGCCAUGCUCUACCAACUGAACUACAGAGGACCACAUCAUCAGAAAGCCUUAAUGGGGAAGUUGUAUGAUUUCACUAGUCUGAUUGCCACUUGCUUCAGUCUCUUCAUACCUCUGAUCAUUUAAUGCAAUAGAAGACCAAUAUUUGUCUUGCCUCCACUGAACAAAAGUUUAUUUUUUUCCCCUUGCACAGUUUUCCUGCUACAUUGCAACUCACAUUUUUCCUACCAUCCGUAUUUUGUUCUACAAUCUUUUAUUUAAAUGCACAUGGAAGACAUGUAACUGUCUAUUUUUCCUAAAUGGUGUAUAUGACAUGUAAACAUUUCACUUGAACACAGAGAAGCUUGCAUUGUUGUAGAAAUGUAUAGUCUGUCUGCUCGUUUGUCUGUUUUAAGUUAUAAAAGUAAGGCAAAAAAAAAAUGAUCUUAAUGUUUGACACUUCUACUGUAUGUAUGGCCUACUGUUAGUCAUGAUGCAUGCCCCUCAGACAGAGUGCUAUGAUGGACUGGGUGACACGAGUUGAUUGUAUCGACGGUCACUCGUUCAUGUCACACCCUUGCUACUCUGUUUGGACAAUACAAUGCUAACUAAAUGAAAUGAAAAAUUAAUAAAAUGAUUUACAAACGUA